CCAGCGAAGAUGGCCGCUGCAGGGAGAAGUGCAGCAACAUCCAUGAACUCAAAUGUAAAUAACAGCACCUUGGAAAUCCAAAACGGAGAGGACGAUGAUGGGCAGAAUUUAUGGUCGUCUAUUUUGAGUGAAGUGUCCACGCACUCGCGAUCAAAGCUGCCAUCGGGGAAAAAUGUCCUUGUCUUGGGAGAAGACGGGGCUGGCAAGACCACUCUGGCUGCCAAGCUCCAGGGUGUGGAGGAGUACAUGAAGGGAAGGGGCCUGGAGUACCUCUACUUCAACGUCCACGAUGAUGAUGUCGACGACCAAGCCAGGUGUAACGCCUGGAUAUUGGAUGGUGACCUCUUUCACAAGGGACUCCAGAAGUUUGCAGUGUCCUCGGAGAACCUGGUGGACACUGUCGUGCUGUUGGUGGUGGACAUGUCCAGGCCCUGGAUCGCCCUGGACUCGCUGCAGAAGUGGGCCAGCGUUGUCCGGGAUUACAUCGACAAGUUGCGGGUCCCUCCCGAGGAGAUGAGAGACAUGGAGCAAAGAUUGGUGAGGCAGUUCCAGGAGUACACGGAGCCGGGGAGCAACCUGAACGUGUCCCCCCAGAGGAGGAACCCUGCUGCGGCCGAUGGGGGGGAGGAGAGCGUGGUGCUCCCCCUGGGGGACAACACCCUCACACACAACCUGGGCGUUCCCAUGGUUGUUGUGUGCACAAAGUGCGAUGCAAUCAGCGGGCUUGAGAAGGAGCAUGACUACAGAGAUGAGCACUUCGACUUCAUCCAGUCUCACAUCCGGCGCUUCUGCCUGAAGUAUGGCGCAACACUACUGUACACAUCCAUGAAGGAGAACAAAAAUCUAGAUUUAUUAUAUAAAUAUCUCGUACAUAGGUUAUAUGGGUUUCCUUUCAGCUUGCCUGCUCAAGUCGUUGAGAAAGACGCAGUAUUUAUUCCUGCAGGGUGGGACAACGAGAAGAAGAUCGCGAUCCUGCACGAAAACUUCCAGACGAUAAAAGCGGAGGACAACUUUGAAGACAUCAUAGUGAAGCCGUCAGUGAGGAAGUUUGUCCAUGAAAAGGAAAUUUUUGCUGAAGAUGACCAAGUAUUUCUAGCAAAGCUGCAGUCUCUGCUAGCAAAACAACCCCCUGUUACUGCGGGACGCCCAGUGGACGCCACUAGCAGAGCUCCCGGCGGGUCUCCAAGAACAACAAACCGCUCCGCGGCGUCAAACGUGGCCAACGUCAUGCCCAUGCAAUCAGGUACCAAGAAGAUCGAUCCCAACAUGAAAGGUGGACAGACAAGCGAGGGCGUGCUGGCCAACUUCUUCAACAGCCUGCUGACCAAGAAGGCGGGGUCUCCAGGGCCAGGGGGCAGCCCAGCAGGGGGAGGAGGGAAUACACCCGGGACAGUCAGGAAGUCAGGGUCGAAACUGGGCUUGACCGACGUGCAGGCUGAGCUGGACCGCAUUUCCAACAAAUCCGAAAUGGACACAUCGUCCCCCACCUCGACGACGCCGCCAGCCGAGAACGACGAGUCUUGAAGAUGGGAGGGACCGCAGCCACUCCCCCCCUCCCCCUUCUCCUCCCUCCCCGAAAAAAACCCCCUCUGCAUCGCCCUACAGGAGUCUGCCUCUCUCCCUUACUUCGUCUUCUACUUCUUUGUCUUCAUCUUCUUUUUCCGCGGGUGUACUAGCCAAUCGCAGAGCGGAACAGUAAACUCAGACGUUAUGUUGCAAGGCCGGCCGGAUUUCUCGCUUGCUGGCCAAUUCUUAAUGUUCUGUAAGGAAAGAAAGGAGGUAAAAUAUCUAGCUGGAGGGCUAGCCCACAGUGAAAGGUAGAAGGAAGGCUUGUGUCCUUGUCACCCUGGGGUCAUGGCCACUGGGUCUAAAUGGUACACUCUGUUAUGAUUGCUAUUGAGAAGGUGAUGGUUUGGCAUCCAGAAAUACUUGCUUUUGUGGGCCUUUUUGGUGGUUGGAUCGCUCUUGAACUGGAGUGACAGGCAGCUGCUAGUUUAGCGUGGAGGUUUGUCUUAAACCCUCAAAAGGCCAGUGUUGUUUCAUUGCUAAAAUUGGCUUCACUUGGACAUGCAUGCCAUAAUAACCAAAGGCGGACAAAAAAAUACUGACAAAAAAAAUUCACGGGAAAGAAAAAGGGAACUUCUAACCUCACCUAUUUGUUGAUGAACAGGUUUGUUUUUCCUAAAUGAAGUUUAAAAAAAUGCCAUUAAUAUGCCAUUAAUCAAUCAGGUCGUGGUUGCAUCAGCUAUGUUUUUCCGUAACCCAGUUCUGCACGGUGAAGUCCAGAACAUACUGCAUAACUUUCAAACGUUUGCUCUCACCACUGAGGUUUACAGAAGGAAAGAGCACGGCGUCAGUCUCCCGCAGUGGCGUUUUGUAAACACCCCUGGCAUCUCAUUGCUUUCAGUGUGUGAUGGCCUGUCUUUCAUCGGUAUGUUUGGGUACAGGCAUUCCCACAAAAAUCUCCUGCUCCCAUUCAUUUAAUGAAGAUACUUUGUGACUUCCAGAGACAUCGUGAGGCCACCUCGGUCCCCUGCAUCAACCAUUGUGAGGGAACAGUAGACACACACAUUUGGGAAAUUAGCAUGAGAUGAGCAUAGGUGCUUGCAUGCUCUUUUUCCUUCUGUAAACCUCCUUGCUAUAACUUUGCUGCAAACAAGCUUAAAUGUAGGUGGUGCACCUACCCCUAGGUGGUUAAAAGGGUAAUGAUGGACCUUAAAAAAGGUGUAUUUUCAUUAGAAUGGGAACCCAGGGCUGUUUUCAUUCAUUUAACUUGCAUAACUUGACGUGAGCUUGACCUGUAGACUACAUUUUGU